CCCGGAUGAAAGAGCCCAUCGACCAGGGCCAAACGCCUCCAAGUCCACCGCCGGGUGAGCCUGAGUGGGACUGGCGCGAGGCGGCUGAUGACCUGCUAGGCAACCGCUCCUCGAGCGACCGCCAUAUUGUAGUCGCGGGCAUCGUGGCGGUGCUGAGCUUUGUGCUCUUCUUGCUCGUUUGUCGCUGCUGCCGCUGUCGGCGGCGCGCCAUCCAGCGCCGCGGGCUGCGGAGACACGAUACGUGGCGCGCACGUGUUGGUGUCGCCGACGGCACGAGUGGACUAGGGACCGGACUCAAGCCACCGCCGGUCGAGUGCAAGCCCGCCUCCACCGGCCAGACGAGCGUGUCGGCGGCGGCACGGCUCGUUCAGAUGCCCGAGGAGUCGUCGACCGCGCUCGACGAGGCCUCCGACACGCUCUCCUCCGACGCCGACCAGCCUGCUGCGCUCUCCUCCGGCCAGCGCGCUUUCCUGGAGGAGCUCUCGCCUGGCGAGGCCGCCGUCUAUCGCGCCACCGGCCGGCCGCCGCCGCCAAGCGCUGCUCGGCCGACACCGGCAACCGCAGCUGCGCCACCGCCACGGCCUCCGCCGCUCUGGCCAGAGCCGCCGCCGCCUCGGGCCAACUCGCGGACGCUCGGCGCGUGGGUCUCGUCGAGCGGAAAGGGGCCAAGCUUCGCAAAGAGCCUCGUGCGACAGGGCGCGAAGAAGCAGGCGGCGGCGGCGGCAUCGGCGGUGGCGCGCAAGGCAGCGGCGCUGCGUGAGGCGGCGGCGAGCAAGGUCAGCUCUACGCGAGGCGGGGGGCGCGAGAGGCUCGAGGAGGAGCCGGUGAGGAGUGGAGGUCGGGAGGUCCGCGAAGCCGCACACGACACGCGUCCCCCUGACGCGUCUCCUGCCCGCCGCCCCCCCGAGGUGGUGAUGCUCGACGUCGGCACGCGAAAGGGGCCGGCGCGACUCUGCAUCCGGGAGGGAGACCACCCCCAAAAGCUGGCCGCCGAGUUCGCGGCGAAGCACCGGCUGGGUAGCAGCGUGGUAGAUCGCCCACUGGCCCCGAGCCGACCACACUCCCUCCCUCCUGCUCACUCCCACACACCCCCUCUCCUUCCUCCACAUACACUCACGCACUCACACCCUCCCGCUCACUCGCUCUCUCCCACCUACACUCACGCACUCACUAGGCCCGGUGCUCCAUGCCGGUACUAGCUCGCGCCUGCUCGUACACCGCCCGCUCGCCACACCGCUUGCUCGCCACUCUCUCGCCCUCG